AUGGAUGGUGGCGGUGUUCUCAAACGGCGAAGCCUUGGUCUCAAGCCUGAACUCAAGAAACCAAUCUUGCGUCGGAAGACUGGUAUUCGGGGAAUCCUCCUUAAUAGACGAAAUAUUCUUAUUAUGUCAAUGCCAAUUGAAUCAAUGUUAUUAGCUGUCAAUUCGAACUUUUUGGUAUUUUCCGUUUCUUUGGAUGAUAUGAUGGGUCAAUCAUUUGCUUCAUUAGUUCCAACAGUGGCAGCUGCGGAAUCCGCUAUUGGAUCAGCCAUUUUCGUUAUUACUUUUCGAGUCCGAGGGACUAUUGCUGUCGAAUCUAUAAAUUGCAUUCAAGGUUAA